CUGUCUCUGCAGCAGGAAGAGAGACACCCAAUUACAGUCCAGCGCUCCUCCCCGCCCUCCGGUCGCCAGCGAAAUGAGAUUAAGCAACGCGAUCGGAACCCUAAUUUCCACUUUCACGACGCUUGAUCGUGACACUCUUUGUGGUUCUUUCUCUCUCUCUGGCUCUCUCUGCAUGAUUUAGGUAGCCUCUGCGUGGGAAACAACAAAACCCUAGUUUGGGAGUUAGUGAAUUAGAACAACACCCUGAAUUGUCCCACAUAAUAAUUGUUUGAAGCUGUUUAUAUUCAAAUUCACCAACUUUCAUCGAUAACUUCCCGUUUUAGUACCUGAAUAUUCUUGCUCGUACGCUUGAGUUAAGAAAAAGGUGAUAUAUAUUUGUGUUCGAAUCUUAAGGAUCUUCAUUGGUUGAUGAGAUCUGGACACUUAGGCAAGAGGCUAUUCGCGUGGUAUUUAAUCAUUAAUAUUUGUUGGGUUUGAUUGUAGAUUGUGGUGGAUCAAAUGGGAUUGCUUGAUAUGAGUCUGUAAAGAUCGUAUUUUAUUUUUUAUUUGAUUUAUGUUAGCCGUCAUUUAUAUAACAUGCUCAAACAUGCGGAUGUGUCACUAGUGGCGGUGAGAAGCACUAUUGUGUUGUUUGAACGUGCUAUUGCAAAUUUUGCUUGGUGUGCAUAGUGGUUAUAUCAGUGCAAUUUGUGUGUCCAUGAGCUGGAAUGCUGUGAAUAAGACAUUGAUUGGAGAUGAAGGGGCUUGGGCCUAUUUGGCGACUAACCUGUUUUUAAGCUUUGUUUAGUCAGCCUUUGUUUGUAGAACUGGAAUAAAGGUUAAGGGGGUGUCUUAAUUAGCCCACAGCGUGAUAUUCUCUUAUUAAGCAUCGCAGAAUGAGUUUAGAAAUUGAAGACCAAUGGUCACUGGAUCAGCCUCUCAAAACAGAUCACGAUCCUCAGAAGAAGUGUAAAAUUUCAUACUCAAGGGAUUUUCUUUUAUCACUUGGUGAGUUGGAUGUAUGCAAAAAAUUACCAAGUGGAUUUGACCAGUCAUUUCUAAGUGAAUUCAAUGACGCUUCCCACAAUGUACAAGAUCGGCAAAGAAUUUCUGGAAGUUUUUCAUUGCAAAGUUUCAAACGAAAUGAAUAUGGUUCAUCUCCACCGGCUAGAGAGGAUUUAAGUAAUUUCUCUCGGGGAAUCCAUGGAAGGUGGGACAAUCGCUCUAUUGGACGAAGUGAUAGAGAUAGCGACCCCCAAUCUGAUUGGGAUUCAGAUUCAGGAAGGCGUUAUGGCAAUCAAUCUCGUCGGUCUUGGCAAACUUCUGAGCAUGAUGGGCUUCUUGGGAGUGGAUCCUUUCCAAGACCAUCUGGAUAUUCUGCAGGAUCAUCAGCUCCAAAAGUUCGAGCUAAUGAUCACUACCAGCUCAACAGGAGCAGUGAGCCUUAUCAUCCUCCUCGCCCUUACAAGGCGGUCCCUCCCUCACGAAGAGAUACUGACUUGUUUAAUGAUGAAACUUUUGGUUCUUCUGAGUGUACAAGUCAGGAUCGAGCUGAAGAAGAGAGAAGGAGAAGAGCUUCCUUUGAGUUGAUGAGGAAGGAACAACACAAAGCAUGGCAAGAUAAGCAGAAAUCUAAUCUAGACCAGCCUGAAAAAAAGUCUGUCUCAGAUAUUACUGCUUUGUUUGAGGAUUCCAAAGACCAGAAGAAACUUGUCAGUGCAGACAAUGUAUUGGAUGAGUCUGAGAUACAAUUAGCUCCAAUCAAUAUUUCUGGAAAGUCUUCCUUUGUCUCCCAAGCUCCUGCACCUCGACCACUUGUACCCCCUGGUUUUACGAGUACAGUUUUAGAGAGGAAUUUUGAGACAAAACCUUCAAUCCAUCCCAUUCCAGAAGAGGAGGUAGGAAAUCUUAAACAUGAAAAUAGGGUUCUGCAUGCAAAAGAUAACCCUGCUAUAAGUGAGGCUUCUGCUAAUCAAGAGGAAAUACAGCCAGCUCAGAAAAUGGGCUUCCGUGGGCUGCAAUUUGAAUCUAUGAAUAUUCACAUUCCACUUGUUGACAAGGGAGAAAAGAUUGUGAACUCUUCGUCAGCUUCAGAAGCUUCUAGUGAGUUAAUUAGAAUGAAUAACCAAUCACACGAGAUCUCAAAUAUUUUGGAGGCUUGUGAAGCCCUAGAGGACGACGACAUUUUAAAGCUUGAGGUUGAGAAGGAGAAAGGCACUCAAUUCAUUGGUGAACCUGAUCACAAUCAGUCAUCAUCAAUCUUAGACAAGCUUUUCGGAACGGCUAUAACAGUAAAUAAUGGUUGCUCACCCAGUUUUAUUGAGCAUCAUGACAUUAAAGCAGAUGACAUGUGGAGCCCCAAUACGAGCCAAUCGUCAAAGUUUGCUCAUUGGUUUCUAGAAGAAGAAAAGAAACCAGUGGACGAUUAUUCAUCUGGCAGGUCAAGUGACUUGCUUUCAUUAAUUGUUGGGGGCGAGAAAGGUUUAUCUGAAGUGUCUGAUGUGAAAUCCACUGAGCAAAUCAUAUCAGAUUUUCCCCUAAAAAGCUCUGAACCUACAAACGAGGAUGUGACAUCUAACUUGUCAUCUGCAACAGUUGGGAUCUCUGCUCAGUUGCACAAUAUUAAUAAACCUGAGGCGAUCCCAGCAGUGCUUACAUGUGAGGACCUUGAGCAAUCAAUUCUUUCGGAAAUUGGAAAAAAUAGUUCCCCUUUGCAUCCAUCUGUGCAAGGUUCGAGGGUUCUUGAUGUAAAGACUGAGCAGCCAAACGCUGAUAUUGAUGAUCAUGCAUCCCAACAGCUUCUCUCAUUGCUGCAAAAGGGAACCAGAAUGCAAAAGAUGCCACCUUUCUCAAAUGUUUACAUGGUAUCCUCAGACAAGCUGCAUUUUCUUGAAGCAGGAAAUAUUGAAACUGCACCAAACAAUGCAAAGGAGGAAAAUGCAGAGAAAGUUCGUAGUCCUAGUAAGACACUGACUCUUGAAACUCUUUUUGGGACAGCUUUCAUGAAGGAGCUGCAGGGUUCAGUUGGAUCUGCAAGAAUUGAUGUUUCAGAGCCUCAUGGGUUAUCCUCUUCAAUGGUAGAUGAUGGUCUCUUCCCUCCUAUAGUUGAUGGAAUUGGUGGGUUGAACAAGACCAGUCAUGAAAGCAGUCUGCUAAUGUCAAGUAACAGACAAGAAACCAAUUUGGGUAUUAUAGAAGGUGAUUGGUACAGCAACUUAGGAUUCAAUGAUCAUCAGCAUGAAAUGGGAUCAAUGAACCUUGGAACUGAGGUAGGAUCCAAACUUGGUGGCUUUGAUGCGGGGGCUGACAUUAGGUUGCCUGAAGAGGAGAGCUUGAUUGUGAUUAGUGAUCCUGUCAAUCCUACAUGCUCAUCAUUUAUUUCUCCAGUGAACGCAACUAAAGCCCAACUGUUGUCCUCACCAAAUAUGCCAGUUGAAAUUGCUGAAAAAUUGGCAGCUCUAAAUGUUGUCCUUAAAGAUGAACGACAUAUGGUCAGAGGUCAAGAAGGUCCACCUUUUCAGCGUGGUCCUUACAAUUUGAUGGAGUCUGAAAUUCCACGUCAGAAUGUUUAUCCUCAAUCAUCUUCUCCGCAGUUUAAUCAUCCUCAGAUUAAUCAUGGAAGGCCAUUGUUCCAUCCAUUUGAUUCCCAUCAUAUUAAUCCUCAAUUGAAAUUCACGUCUCCAGAGAGCAUUAUCAAUCAUGAUGCCCCACCACACCAACUUCCUGCAAAUAUGCUUCGGCCUCAUUUCCAACACCCUAAUACUGGGCUAUCAGGAUUUGAUCCUUCCGGUCAUCAUGCAAUGCUACAGCAGAUGCACAUGCCAGGCAACUUCCCUCCACCUCACCUACUAAAUGGGUUUCCCAGGGGUGCACCAUUGCCACCUCAGCCCAGCAAUCAUGCAGCUAGCUUUGUCCAGGAUGCAAACCCAAUGCAAGGUUUUCCAUUUGGUCACCGUAACCCAAACUUUGGCACCCUUGGAAUGCCCUUGCCAGCUCAUGAUGGUGGUGGUGCAAGUAAUAAUCCAGAUGCUCUCCAAAGGCUUCUCGAGAUGGAACUCAGAUCAAACCCGAAGCAAGUGAACCCUUUUGCCAUUGCUGGGCAUAACCAGGGAUACGGUCAUGAGCUAGACACAGGCUUUAGGUAUAAUAGAUAGUGGAUCGUGAUUGUGACCAUGUUUAUGGCGAUGUAAUCAUCUUUUCGCGCAGAUCAUAAACUCAUUGCAUGGAGGAUGGGUUUAAAGUGCAUGAUUGUAAGAAGUAUUAGCUGGAGAUAAAUGUGAUUUAUGAAUUUCAUCUUCAA